AUGGUGGAAAAUGGCCAAGGCGAAGGAAAGCCAAACAGGUUGUCAGCUAGCGUUGACAAUUUAUCUCAGCGAUUUUACUUUUCCGAGCAAAAUCGUAACUUUACUACUCAAUACUGCAAUAUUUAUACAUCUCGCCUAGUAGCUAUGCGUGAUUCUUUAUUACAAGCUGCAAAACGGGCUUGGGGUAAUGAUAUAAAUUACUGCAAGUUGAUGGAAUUAAAAACGGGUAUUACAAGUUGCAUUAUUGGUACACUAUUCAAAAGAAUGAGUGCUAGGCCGAAUAUCCUACAAGAAAUUAGCGACGAGUACAACUUAAUUCCUUUACCUCCGCGGACGAAAUACGCUGACGAUUCGGAUGAGCUAGUUGCUGAAGAUGAAACACAACGGAUUUCUCUAACUGGGAACAUUAAUGUUACGAAAUCGGUAACAGGCGUCAUUGUCGCAUUAUUAGGUAAGGAAUUAGAUGGAGGCAAAUUUUAUGUGAAUGAAAUGGUCUCUGCUGGCCUACCAAAACAAAUUCCUCGUCCCUUUAUCCAUAAUGAUAAAUAUAUAUGUAUCGUAUCAGGAUUAAAUCUUGGUAGCAGUCAUCAGGGAUUCUUAACGAUGCAACUGUUUAUUGACUUUAUUACUGGUCGGCUAACUGAAGGACAAGAGGAUCGAAAAAUGUGCUCUCAAAUCGUGCAAAUUGUCAUAGCUGGUAACUCUGCUGCCCAGCAGAAUAGUAGUACCAGUGAAACAAAUAAGGCGAAUUCCAAAAAAUUUUCCUCGCGUAGCUCAGCUAACACUCUAGAAGGGAUUAAGGCCUUAGACGAAAUUUUGACGCAGUUAUGUUCAUGCAUUCCUGUGGACAUAAUGCCAGGGGAAUUUGAUCCUUCAAAUCACAUAAUGCCACAGCAACCGUUACAUCCAUGUAUGUUUCCAAAAGGUUUUCAAUUUUCUUCGCUAAAAAGUGUUACAAACCCUUAUGAAUUUUCUGUUGAUGGAGUGAGGUUUCUGGGAACUUCUGGUCAAAAUAUCGACGAUAUUUAUCGUUAUUCAUAUUUCGAAGAUCGUCUUGAAAUAUGCGAACAGUGCUUAAGGUGGGGUCAUAUAUCGCCAACUGCUCCAGAUACUUUAGCUUGUUACCCAUAUUAUGAGAAGGAUCCUUUUAUAUUAGAGUCUUGCCCGCAUGUCUAUUUCGUUGGAAAUCAGCCAGAAUUUUCAUGCAAAAAGAUCACUGGCGACCAAGAACAAGAAGUUUUGUUGGUUAACGUUCCAUCAUUUAAUCAAAAGCAUUCUUGUGUUCUAGUGAAUACACGAACUUUAGAUUGCAAACCAAUAUCAUUUGAUCUAUAUGAAAAUUUAUAA